AUGGCCCUCACCACCCUCUCCACCUUCGUGCAGCACUACACGACCACCGACCAGCGCCCGCUCCCGUCCGAGCUGCCGCAAAGCGUCUCGCUGUACGACCCCGCGGCCGCGCUGGCAUGGGCGCAGAACCCGCGCCGCCCGCUGCACUCCGGCCUGCUCAAGCAGCGCGUGGUCGACAUCCACAUCCGUCUCGAGCCGGUGCUCAUCGAGCGUCUCCCCGCCGAGAGCCGCACCGACGAGCUGCGCGAUGCCCUGUGGGCCGCGCACGCCGAGUUUGUCAAGUUCUGGCUCGGCACCGACACGGCCGCGCGCGACUCGUCCGAGCCCCACUACUGGCGCUGCUUCAACUUUGCCGUCCUGGCCGGAUACCACCACUACCGCCACCACUUUGUCGUGCGCGCCUUUGCGCCCAGCGGGAGUGACGCGGGGAUCCGCGAGCCCCUCGCGCGCGACGAGUUUGUGGACGUGUACCAGCGUGUCCUGGCCCGCGGCGUGUUCAUGUACGACAUGGAGUAG